AUCACCCAAUGCCCUUACGGAAGUUUCGUUCACUUUUCGCAGCCCAAACAGUUAUAAUGAUAUACUCACGCUUCUUGAACUCUUUAUCUUAAUUCUUAGUCAUAAUUAGUCAUCACUCAUCACACGUCUGACGUCCACUGUUAUUAUCGACUACUGUGCUAACAUUGUUAACAACUCUUGGGUAUCUAACUCAGACUUUAUGUUAGAUAGAGAAGAUAAUUUAUUACUUUAUUAGUCCAUCGAUCACCAACCAAGUGUACGUCGUACCUUUGUUUCGCAUCGAAUUUGUUUUAUUAAAUUUGUGAAAUUUUUCAUCACCAUACUCAGUAUGGCGACCACGACGUUGCUGGCUGUGCCCACGAAACGUGCGUCUGAAGUGAACAUCGUGAAACCUUUGCGAAAUCUGAUAUCGUCGCAUUAUAACUCUGCAGACAAUCCUGAAGACUACACAGAAGCUAUCAACGAACUCAGCAAACUCCGCAAUCAAGCGCUUUGGAAAGUGUUGGAUAAAUAUGACAAUUCUCUCGAACUUAUAUACACUUAUUAUGAUCAGAUUACUUCAUUAGAAUCUAAAGUGCCUCCAUCUGAAGUACAGAUUCCUUUUAAGUGGAAAGAUGCAUUCAAUAAAAUGACAUCAUUUUUUGCUAAUGGAAAAGUCAGUAUAACUCUCUGUUCAUUUGCUUAUGAGAGAAUAUGUGUACUAUUUAAUAUAGCAGCUCAACAAAGUGCAAUAGCAGCUGCUCAAAAUUUAGAGACUGACGAUGGCUUAAAAAUGGCUGCUAAAUUUCUCCAACAAAGUGCUGGCAUAUUCAAUACAUUAAAAACAACAGUUAUGAAUGUGAUUCAACAAGAUCCAACUCCAGAUUUAAAUCCAGAUACGUUGGCAAUGUUAUCAUCUCUCAUGUUGGCUCAAGCUCAAGAAGUAUUUAUUGUCAAAGCUAAUAUAGAUAAAAUGAAAGAUCAGACAAUUGCUAAGCUAUGUGCACAAUGUGAAGAAUAUUAUGCAGAAACAGCAAAAAUGAUGGAAAGAGAAACAGUUAUGAUGUCUUUGGAUAAAGAAUGGACAUCAAAUGUUUAUGGAAAACAGGCGAUUUUUCAUGGUUUGGCUCAGUAUUAUCAAGCAAUGGUGUGUAAGAAUAAUAAAACUGUUGGUGAACAAAUAGCUAGACUUAAUGUCGCUAUUUCGUUUCUUAAAGUUGGUCAAGAUCGAUGUGCUCGUUCACUUUACAAUGAGCUUCUGAAUAAAGCUACCCAAGAGUUAAAUGAAGCAAAAAAGGACAAUGACUUUAUUUAUCAUGAACGAAUUCCAGAUGUCAAACACUUAGAACUAAUAUCUAAAGUUGCAAUUGCCAAACCAACUUCUGUGCCAUCAAAGUUUUCAUCUAAAUUCAAAGAUUUAUUCGAAGAUUUAGUACCAAUAUCAGUUCAACAAGCACUUAGCGCAUAUGAUGUUCGUAAAACAGAACUUGUUAAUUCAGAAAUUGGAAAGUUGAGAGAAUCUACACAAAUAUUGAAUGGAUGUUUAGCUUCAUUAAAUUUGCCAGCAGCACUAGAGGAUGUUAAAGGUGUAGGAAUACCACAAUCACUAAUAGAAAAAUCAAACAAUGUACGAAUGAACGGUGGGGUCCAUAGGUUAGAAAACAUGAUCAGAGAAUUACCAGAGCUAUUGAAACGAAAUGAAGAAAUAAUCAAUGAGUCUGAACGGAUGUUAAACGAAGAACAAGCAUCUGAUGAACAACUCCAAACCCAAUUCAAAGAAAAAUGGAACCGUACAAAGUCUAAUGUUCUUACUCAAGUUUUUAGAGUUAACAUAACCAAAUAUCGCGAAAUCAUUAAGAAUGCUAAAGCUGCUGAUAAGAUGAUACAUGAAAAGUUUGAAACACACAAGCGAGCUAUUUAUUUAUUAUCUGAAGGUCAAGAAGCUAUGAAAAACGUAUUGCCUGUUGGAUCAAGUUCUGGCGUUAAUUUUGCCAACUCCACAGCUGCUGAUAAAUUAAAACACUUAAUGGAAGAGGUGGAAGCAUUGAAAAAUGAAAGAGAUGUUAUUGAAACGGAAUUAAAAUGUGCCACAACUGAUAUGAAAUCAAAAUUUUUGAAUGCUUUGUCUGAGGAAGGAUCUAUUCAUGAAGCUAAUUUGUCGACUGAGAGUUUGGAUCAAUCUUAUGGACAUUUAAAAGCUCAAGUUAAUGAUAGUCUAGCUAGACAAGAGAAACUUCUAUCUAAUAUACAAGUGGUGAAUACAGAAUUUUGUAGAGAAAAGAGCAGUGGUGGCCAAAGAGAAGCCCUCUUUAAGGAUUUAGCAUCUGGCUAUGAUGUAUUUAAUGAUUUACAAAAUAAUUUAGUUGAAGGAACCAAGUUUUAUAAUGACCUAACUGAAAUUCUAAUUGCAGCCCAAAAUAAAAUUUCCGAUUUUUGUUUUGCUCGAAAAGCAGAAAAAGAAGAGUUACUUAAAACGUUAACUUCAGAUUUGAGUCGAGAAAAACCCAUUUCCAUUCCAGCUACAUCUGCUAAAACUCAUGAAUUACCAAUUGGUGCUCAGCUCCCUUAUCCUGUCCAACCACAAGGUAUGCCCUUACCAUACACACUUCCAAGAACUGGACCAUCUUACCAACCUUACAUGUGUGCACCACCUAUGCCAACUACAUACAAUCCUUAUGCAACACUUCAUCAUUAUCAGCCACAAGACUAUCAAAAUUAUGCAGCUCAAGGCCAACCACAAUAUCCUCCUCAAUAUCCUCCACAAUACCCACCACAAAAUCAGCAACAACCACCGUGGUAAAAAUAAAUGUAAAUUUGGUAUAUUGGUAUGAAAACACAACUUAUGCAUUAUUGUGAUUGGAUAUAGUUAUCCAGGUUAACUAAUUAUGAAUAGCAUUUAUAUAAAACAGAACAAAGCUAUUAUUAAUUCUGUUUAAAUUUAAAUAUUUUCAUGUAUCAAUAAAAUUAUUGCUAGUAUAUUAUAUUGGCUCCAUCAUAUUGCUUUAACAUCAUUUUUAGAUUUAGUAUAUUAUUUUAUUCAUUUAUUAUUUAUUUAAUACUUUUGUUUAUCUGUUUCACAAUUAAAUUAUAAUGUUUAUUAUUUUUUAAUGUUAAUUAAGAAAUGUUAUCAUUGUUUCUUUAAUAAUUUAUUGAUUACAUUUAAAAACUUUUAAUUUGCAUAAAGUACAAUAAAAUUGAAUUAUGAUGAUAUAGUUCUUACAUUGUAUUCACUUCAAGAAUGUUAUAGGUGUAGAACUACGUAUAAUAAAUGUUAUCAAGUAUAAGUCUGACCUUUCAGGUUAACAAUUUAAUAACUAGAUUGGUUUGUAUAAGUUGAUACACAAAAGAUACAACAAUGAAUUUAAGACUGGAAGCUACUAAAAAUUUUUGAAAAGUUUCUAAUAAAUUUUAUUUUAUUAUAUUUUUAAUUUUCACUAAACUUUAGAAUAAAUUAUUAAUCAUUAAUUAUCAAAUCAAAUGUAAUAUUAUUAUUAGGUUUAUGUAUAUUCUAUUUUUUGUCAUGUUCUCUAUACCUACAACUCAUGUCUAUUCAAUUAAACAAAAAAAAAAAUUAAUUUAAUUUGUAUUAAUAAAUUAUUAAUAUUCAUUAUGAUUAUAAUUAACAGUUAGUUAUUAAAAUGUUUUUAGAUUGUUAAAUCAAAGUUAAAAAAAAGAGUAAAAAAUAUUAUUAAAUAUCGAUUUUUAAGAUUUCGAAAAAUUAAAUGACAGUAAUCACUUUAAUAUUAAAAAUGUAUAUUGUAUUAUUAAUUAUUUUGGAAAAUUUGAUUUAAGGAGAUUCUAUCAUUUAUUAUCACCCUUAUUUUUUUCUUGCUGGUGAAACAUUGUUCAAAAUUUUGUAUGGCAACCCUAGUAGGUAGGUAAAUUUAUCUGAAUAAGAUGCAAAACACAUUAUCAAAAUCUAAUAUAAACAUAUGCAUGUAAAAAAUACAUUAUCAAUAUAAAUUAUUAUCCAUA